GAGUAAAACGGCCCCGGAAAUGGACGGCCUACGUCGCGGUGUCGUCGUCCUCGCGCUCGUCUGCGCCGCGGUCACCCUGGCGAACGGCUACGCGCUGAACGCCGCCGACGAGGAGGACGCUGCGCGGGACGGCGACUACGUCACCACGUCCUACACGCACUACGAGGACCUGCGACGACUGUUCGAUUCCCUGGCGCAACGAUAUCCGCACCUCGCGCGGGUGUUCUCCAUCGGGAAGUCGGUGGAGGGCCGGGACCUCCUCGUCCUCGAGAUCUCGGAGAAUGUCGGCCGACGCAGCCUCGGCGAGCCCAUGGUCAAGCUCGUCGCCAAUAUGCACGGCGACGAGGUCGUGGGCAGGCAGUUGCUCAUCAUUCUCGGACAGUACCUCCUGGACCGCUACGGCAAGGACGAUCGCGUCACUCGGCUCGUGAGCCAGACGGACAUCUACCUGAUGCCCUCCAUGAAUCCGGACGGUUUCGAGAAUUCGGAGGAGGGUAAAUGCGAGUCCAAGGAUGACUUCUCGGGCAGAGAGAACGCCAAUCACGUCGACUUGAAUCGGGACUUCCCCGAUCAGUUCGACAGAAGGCUCAGCCAGCUCAGGAAAGGCAUCUCCAUCCUGAACGGUCGCCAGAACGAAACGGUGGCUAUGAUGACUUGGAUCGCAAACGAGCCUUUUGUGCUCUCCGGCAAUCUUCACGGUGGUGCUGUAGUUGCCAGCUAUCCAUAUGAUUCUGGCAUUCUAAAAACGUGCUGCAUAGAGAGUAAAAGUCCGGACGAUAAUUUAUUCAAGUACCUCGCCCACGUUUACGCCGACAAUCAUCCACAAAUGCGCAGAGGUGACGCUUGUCCACCUGAGAUAUUCCGAAGUGGCGUUACAAACGGAGCGUAUUGGUACGAAGUAAUUGGUGGAAUGCAGGACUACAAUUAUGCCCGCUCCAACGCAUUCGACAUAACGUUUGAGCUAAGUUGCUGUAAAUAUCCUCCCGGCUCGACGAUACCGGAGCAGUGGCAAUUAAAUAAAGAAUCGCUGAUUAAAUAUUUGGAACAAGUGCAUAUUGGAAUAAAGGGUUUUGUACGCGGUAAGGAUGGUAAACCGAUCCAAAGAGCAAACGUCGUUGUGGAAGGAAUAGACCAUAAUGUAACGACCACGUCCAAUGGCGAGUAUUGGCGUUUACUACUUCCAGGAACUUAUUCGGUUUAUGCUACUGCAUGGGGAUACGAACCCAGCAAACCAGUAAAUGUAACUGUAUUAGAAGGCACACCGAUGAUCCUUAACUUUACAUUAAACAACAAAGAAGUAUUUUAUGAACAAGGAGAAGGUACGGUCGACGAAGUGAUAAGACCCGUCGACAAGUAUGACUUUUAUCACACCGUGGAGUUCAAGCAUCACAACCACGUCGCGAUGGAGAGGUAUCUGAAGGAGCUGACCGCGAGUUAUCCCAAUAUCACGAGGCUCUACAGCAUAGGGCCUUCCGUACAAGGCCGCGAGCUGUACGUUGUGGAAAUCACGAAGAAUCCCGGCGUUCACGAUCCUGAGAAACCGGAGGUGAAAUACGUCGGAAAUAUGCAUGGGAACGAGGUGGUCGGCAGAGAAAUGCUGCUGCUACUGCUGAGAUAUCUAUGUGAGAACUACGGCACCGAUGAGAGGGUCACGCGGAUAGUGGACACCGUCAGGCUUCACGUGUUGCCGAGCAUGAACCCCGAUGGAUACGAGGUCUCCAAGGAAGGUGACGUUUACGGGGCGAAAGGCAGAGCAAACGCGAAGGGUGUAGACCUCAAUAGAAACUUUCCCGAUCAGUACGAAAUGAAUGAUCUUAAUCGGCACCAGGAACCCGAAACCAAAGCGGUGAUGGAUUGGAUAGCGAGAAUCCCGUUUGUGCUUUCUGCUAAUCUUCACGGAGGAGCGUUGGUUGCGAAUUAUCCUUAUGACGAUGGACCGGAGAACUUGGCGUCCAACGUCGCGAAUCCAAGCCCGGACGAUGCCGUUUUCAAGAUGCUGGCGUCGACGUACUCCAAAGCUCAUCCCCGCAUGCACCUAGGCCAGCCGUGUCCGCCGAUAGCGAACGAUCCCUAUGGCACGAAGGCGCUCCUCGAGGAACGUUUCCCGGAAGGUAUAACGAACGGCGCGCGUUGGUACUCCGUGCCUGGCGGUAUGCAGGAUUACAAUUACUUGCACAGCAACGAUUUCGAGAUUACCUUGGAAGUCGGAUGCAUCAAGUUCCCGAACGCCAGCGACUUGCCGAAUUACUGGCUGGAGAACAGGGAGCCUCUUUUGCGUUUCAUCGAAAUGUCUCGCAAAGGUAUACACGGCACGGUGGGUUCGUCCAUCGGCACCCCUAUACCCCAUGCAAAGAUCUCGGUCGAAGGUAUAAAGCACGAUAUUUAUACUGCCGAAAAGGGUGAUUAUUGGCGCAUAUUGAUACCAGGACGAUAUAACGUAACUGUCAGCGCAGUGGGAUACGAAACACUCACGCAAAGUGUCGUCGUACCGUCGUAUGACGAAAAUGUCGGGGAUGGAGAAGUAACUCUGGACUUUACGUUAAUGCGUGACGACCCUCAGCACUGGUCAUCUGCAUAUGAUUUUCGAUUGAUGGUGAACUUGCAGAAUGGUUAUUUAAAAAAUUCCGACUUGAGCGCUAGAUUCAGCCAGUUGGAAAGUCAUCAGCCCGACACCGCAGAAUUUAUAGCUGGCGAUUCGUUGAUCAGCAUGGCCAUUCAUUCGCUGAAAAUCACGCAUAAUAUGGGAUCACCUGAUGAGAAUAAAUUUCGCAUCGCAUUGGUGGGAGGAUUGUUCGCCUCCCAGCCGGCGGGUAGGGAGAUUCUAUUACGUUUGGCGACGCAUAUUCUUAUGGGAAAUCAAAUUGGUAAUCCGCCUAUCCAGAGGCUACUGGAUGACGCUAUGCUGCAUUUCAUUCCCGGCGUCGAUCUAGGAUUCGACAACGUAGAAGAGAGUAAUGAUUGCAAUCCUGUAGUCAAGGACGAAAUAGGAGAGAAGUUGUUAUUAGAGAACACUGAUGCGUCUAAACAAAUGGAUAAUGUUACGGAUGCAUUUAAGAGACUGUUACAGACUGAAAAUUACGACGUCGUUGUGUUACUGGGAGGUGGUGCCUCGCAAAUCAGUUAUUUGAACGACGAUCUGAAUACGUUUAAAACGCUCGCCGACGUUUACGAGCAUUCGAGACACAACGAGAUAUGCAGCCAGUCGAAUAACAGUACGCAACGUUUGAUGAAUUUCAUACAGCGCACUUACGACACGCAAGUGAUGAGCGUCAGUCUGUCGUGUUGCAAGUAUCCGCGCGCGGACUCCAUUCCCAUCAUUUGGCGCGAGAAUCUGCUACCGCUUAUGGAACUUGUGCAGAGUCUCGCGAGCGGAAUCCGCGCGAUGAUAAUGGACGAACACGGCGCUCCGCUUCGAGAGGCCACCGUCGAGAUCGGAGGAAGAAGCUACAACGUGUCGCACAACAUGGCCUACUUCAAAAUGAUACUGGUACCCGGCGAGUACAUGUUAUCGGUUUCCUGCGAGGGAUACGUCAGGCAGGUGGUGAAAGUUUCUGUGCAACGGCAAAGCAUAACGAAUAAAGACGUUAAGAUGGUGCAGGCGCAGAGGGACACGACGCCGGCAAUCGACAAUCGCCGCAAGCAAUCUGAGAAGCUGAGUCACGUCAACCGCGCUUUGACCAAUUUGAAUGCCAAGUAUCCGCGACAGACGACCUUACACAGCAUCGGCAAAACCGCGAAGGGUAACGAGAUUAUGUGUCUAGAGAUCGGUUCCCACAACGAUCAGAAACAGAUAGGGCGACCUGCCAUCGUUUUCUCAGCCGGGAUUCUACGAGCGGAACCAGCGACCGCUGGAGUGCUCUUGCACUUCGCCUCGUAUCUCUUGGACAAUUAUAAGCAAGAUACUAUGAGUUACAUAGAUGAUUUCUCCAUAUAUGUGAUUCCGGAAUUCUUCUCGCCUGACGAAAAUCCCCCCACUUGCUCGCCACGGUUGGCAGGGUUGCAGUUCCCGAUUCACGGGAAGCUGGAUGAGGAAGCGGCCACGAUCACGAGCUGGUUCAAGGACGUGAACGCCGUGUUGGCUGUGAAUCUCAAUAGCGGGUCGCGGCACAUCGAGAUCCCGUUCGGUCGCGAUUAUGGGAAGGUACGCGAGCGAAAGUACGAAAGCGACGAUGAGGAUUUACUGCGACACUUGGCGUCGGUGUACGCCGACGCGAGGGCCGACAAGCUGUCCGCGAGCACGAGAUGCAAACCGGACUGGCACAUCGGCGUCAACAGCGUGAUACACGCGGCGGCGGGAAUUGGCGGAAAGAGAGGUCCGCUCUUGAUGGAUUACGCCUACUUCAACACGAGCACCUUGAUGAUGGACGUGUACGUCACCUGCUGCACCACCGAUCCCUCGAUCGCCGUGUGGCAGGAAAACAAGGCCAGUUUAUUAGCCUGCAUGCAGGAGAUGAAGAAAGGCGUGAGAGGACACGUCACCAACGAGGAGGACGAACCGAUCGAAAACGUCGUCCUAUCUUACGACAGGUCACCGCAUCUGAUUGAAAACGGCAAGUCGGGCUUCUACUCGAUUCUACUUCCGCCUGGGAGUCACAAUAUAACGGCCACAGCGUCUGGAUACCACGCAGAGACCAAACUCGUCUCCACGCCCUCGUUCGAGGUGAAGAAAUUCUCAAGAGUGAUGUUCAAGCUCGUUCGCGACGACAGUGUCAUGGGAAUACCUAGACUAGUAUUUAUCAUGAUAACGGGUAUGAUAUGUUUCGGCAUCGUUUUGUGCUCUAUAUGCAUGUGGGCGAGGUGUCGAGCUUCGGAAGAUACGGAGAAGGGCAGAAAGGGAUACGCUUUCAGUUUACUGCAAGACGGCGGUAGCUUCUUCGACGACGAUGAGAAAGAAAUCGAAAUAUUCCGAAGACCGGUAAAAGGAUAUACGUCAAACGACGUCGCUGAAGUUACCAGGCCGUAUUUCGAUGACGAUAACAGUUCCGAUGAUGGUAGCGAUCUGGAGUUUGUUCGGCCCGAACGGGAAUGGAGCGACACAAUAUCGAGACAGACGUGAUAGUGAAUGUUUUUGUACGAAAUAUAUACGAUAUUGUUGCAACGCAUGCGAUAAAUUUAACAAAUUUUAUAUAAUUUAAACAAAGAGAGAAGAGGCAAUGUUUGCGGGAUAAAAGCAAUUUUUAAGUGCUGAAAUUUACGAAAGUAAGAAUCAGGGUCCAAGCAUGGAAUAUGUACUUAUAUUUUUGCUGCAU